GGGGAAGGAAGGAAGGAGGGAGGAGGGCUCGGCUGGCUGGGCGGGAGGCGGCGCUGCCUCCUCGGAAGCGCGUCCGAGAGGAGAGCCAGCCUCAGUGCGCCGCCGGCGAGGCUGCGGCGCGCAGCUACCACGGGACUUGUCCGCCGCCGAACUCCCGCCUGGCGGGUCUCCAUGCGGUGGUGGUGGCGGCGGCGGGGACGCCCGGGCCCCCCUGCUGCUGCACGGACGGCGCGCCACGGGGACUAGCAGCAUGAGCAGCGGCUACAGCAGCUGGGAAGAGUCCGAGUCGGAGGAGUUCUUCUUCACCGCCCGCACCUCCUUCUUCAGGAGCUGCCCCGCCAAAGCCAAGCCGAGUCUGCAAGAUGUUCAGAAAGAGCGAGAAGCUCACAAUUAUCUCACCAAAGAAGCAAUCAAGGAAAAAGUCCAGACAUACAAUUCAGAUGUCACUGACAAGCUAAAGAUGACAUUGCACUCCAGCGGAGUAUACACCGGCUUCAUCAAAGUUCAGAUGGAACUGUGCAGACCCAUCACGGUACGGGCUCCAGUGAAUCCCGGGAAGCAUGUCAACAACAACUCGGAGACAGCUUUCAGCUUGCCUAAUGGCUACACAAAUACCCUUCACAUCAGCAGCACUAACACUGUUCGUGAGGUUAUUGAAGCUUUGCUCAAGAAGUUCAUGGUGGCUGAUAACCCUGCCAAGUUUGCGCUUUAUAAACGUUGUCACAAGGAAGAUCAAGUGUAUAUGUGCAAGCUCUCAGAAAUUGAACAUCCCCUUUAUUUACGGUUGGUGGCAGGCCCAAGGACAGACAUGCUGAGUUUUGUUCUGCGUGAGCAUGAAACUGGAGAGUUUUUGUGGGAAGCCUUUAGUGUUCCUGAACUACAGAACUUCUUGCGUAUACUGGACAAGGAAGAAGAUGAGCAGCUGCAAAUCUUACAGAGACGCUAUGCAGCAUACAAAGACAAACUUGAAGAAGCCCUUGGUGGAGUCUGGAAACCAGGUUAAAAUGGGGCCAAAGAACACUCAGGAAAAAUACAAAUUACCAAAUACUGCAUAGCAUGCCAACCCCCAGAGCAAGAGCAAGACUACCUGUCUCAUUAAAACAUAUGACCUUUUUUUUGUUACCAUAGAGGUGGUUCUGUAAAUUUGACAUACUUUUACAUCUUGCAGGUAGCAGCAAAGGGAAUUUGCAAUAUUUGCAGACCUGUGUUGUGUGCAUACUUCACGAGUCUUUUCAAGAUUGCAUCAUGCCAACUGUGAUUGUAUGAUGAAUCUUUUUUUCAAAGACCCCGUGAAACACGAGACAUUAUGUGCUUUAAUUAUAAUUUGUAGCUUUUAAAAUUUAAAGGGGUGUACAAGUUAGUUUUUAUUAUAAAUCUCAGCUCAGUUUAGGAUAAGGAUAGCACACUAUUUGAUACCAAAAUUGAUUUUUGCACUACCUUUCUUCAGAUAUUUUUGAAAUACGUAUUACUUUUUAUUUGUAGAAGGGAUGAACAAUUGUGUUCCAAUGGUAUGCAGAAGGUGUUGAAGUAUUCUGAGCUGGAGAAGAUAGAGGGGAAGUAGAAAAGAAGGUAACGAGAGGAGAGAAGUGAGGAUGUUGGAACUUGAGAAAAGUUGGUUAGUGUGUUGUAAAGGCGGUUGAGUGUUUAUACUUAGUGUUACUGAAAUUAAUAUAUUCAGAUGCUAUUAUUGAGAGAGAAUUUACUAAAUAUAGUAAAAGUUGAAUUGCAUAGAGGCUGUGUGCGACCAGCAACACACUUUAGUCACAAUCUCGCAUGUGCUGUUAAAAUACAGUCAGAUUCUUGGUUGAGGUUUUCAUGAGUAAAAACAGCAUUUAAAGAAUUAAUGCACAACUGUUGCAAUGCUGAAAGAUGCAGUUGCAUUGAAGUCAGCACAAAACUUUGUACCUUUGCGUAGAAAGAGGCAAAAUAGUGCCAUUCUCCUGGUUUUAUUUAAAAACCCAAGGAAAAAAAAGAAAAUCCUUCUGAAUUAAGUAGGCUAGGAGGGAAAGUAGCUUUGCGCUGUGAGCAACUUGAGCUAUCUGUGGUUUGGUUUCUGUGUUUAAACUAUACAAGUUUGGAAAAACUGGCUAGGAUUCUGUAUGCUGCUGAACCAUGUUAAAUAAUUGGAAGAGGAAGAAUUUAGCGUUUUGACUGUAACUGUAUUUUUUUCUAGAACUAUUUUUAUCUAAAGUACGUAAGGUGUAAAUGUAAUCAAAGGAAUGGGUGUGCAAUUCAAACCUUUAUAUAAAUGUAUCAAAAGACUUUCAAGUUUAUAUCUGUGGCCACCCAGGGGAAAAAAAGAUAUUGGUUUGGAGUAACUUUAAUUUAUAUAAUUUAAGGAAUCGUGAGCAGCAGCCAUUCCCCCUCCCUUUGAAUAUUUGGGCAUUCAUUUUGAAAUUUGAGUAAUAUAUGCCAGUUGCUGACACCUGGUGGGGAUUAUAUGCAACUCCAAGACAUAUGUUCUCUUGGAAAAGUGUGCCUUUUUAAAAAAAAAACUUAGGCUGCUUAUUCCCCUCAAAAUAUUGAGGUUUGAGGGAGAGGUUCUGAUCUCAGACUUGCCAAGACAAUCUUGAUAUAUUAAAUGGUUAGCAAUAACUUAAAAGUAGAAUUAGGCUAUCAAUCAAAGGCAUAUCUUGUUGGAGUUUUAUUAUUAUUAUUUCAUGUGUAAUACUGUAGUGCUUUGUAUGUGUCUUACUGUUUUUACCGGAGACCUAAUCAAGAGUCACAUAGGGUAGUGGGUGCAGGUUAUGCGUUAACAUCAGUUUUGGAAUUAUUUUUCAACAAAGGCUAUGUGUCACAUUAUCGGAAAGGUUUAGGUGUUAACUGCUCCUAUGUGCCAGCCACCCAGAAGCCUUUGCCCUUUGUUGAGGGAAGUGUCAACAUUUUAAUGCUUCUUAUAGCACAAAUGUUGGCCAGUCGUGUGCAAGGGUAUAUACCCCACCAGGGAUACACCGCUAACUGGCAGAGAGUGUACACUUUGCGCAAGGCGGCGCAAUCCUCUUAGCAAGAGGCAUCAAACAUGGCUUCUGCAUAAAGCAUUGUCACAGAAAGAUAUUUUUCACUAGAGCAGAGCUGAAAGUUAAUCACUGAGCCCUUUCUGGUAAAAUUAGGGGUGCAGAGGGUAGCGCCACACCGCAAAAAAAAGGUGGUGACUCCCCAUCACUUCUUCCUCUAACAGGAACUGUCUUGAAGCCAGAUCGGAGUGAUGGCAGGAGGGCCCUGCUUCCUGCUUGCACUCUGGUUGUCUUCCUGGGUUAAGAAGUCAGUGGAGUAAGGGAAGAAAGCUCCAUGUCCCACCCCCAUUUUGGCCUCUAAAUGGACACCAUCAGAGCUAGGGAGCAGUAUAUCCAGUAUGCAGUGGCAAGUCCUUUGGAAGAAAUGCCAUCGGCAGGGAGAGUGAACAUGCUGCUGGCAAGUCGGGAGAAAACGUCACCCUUGUUUGCGUUCGUAUUCUCAUGUGCACAGUUCCAAAAUGGCUGCCCAACUCGGACGUGGUAAACUGGGGAAGGGGAGUGCAUUUCGGCGUAGCUCUUUGUUCAUGCCUUGCAUCUGGGAGCAUCUGAAUUCUAAAACUUGCCCUAGGAUUCAUUUAAUUCUAUCGAAACUCAUAAAACGUUGAUGUUUGGAAUUUUAAUAUUAAUCAGGUUGCUCGAAAUUUAAAUACUGUAUUUCAGUCUAGAAAUGACAAUCUACAAGUAUGUGAAUCUUAAUUAUUAUUUUUACUUGAACUUUGUGUUUUCCUUAUCCCUACAUCUUCUCUUGGUGUGUUUUAUGAACUGCAGGAACAACAAAAUUUCUAGUCCAAGCAGUCUCAAGCUGAAAACACACUGGUUACUACAGGUGUUUUGUUUUGCUUUUUUUAAAACCCCAAAGCUUCAAAGAAUAGGUCAACAUUGAUCCAAAGGUAGGGGUUUUUGGGGUAGGCUUAAAUUUUGUUUUCUUAUCAGGUUCUUAAUCUGUCAAAGAUGCAUUGCAAACUGUUAUGUUUUGACUUUGGUAGUAGCUGACUGGAGGGUGAUGUGGAAAACACUGAAAAAAGUUUUCUUUCUUUUAAAAAACAAAGCUGUACUAUUUAUUUUGAAUUUUUUAAUAGGGAAGCCUUAAUGAUUCCCUUUGAAGUUGUUAUAGCAAGUUGUAAUUCCAUCAUUAAAGCUGAAGUUCACACCGA